AUGGCAGCUAUGCAGGGUGGUCCUACCAGUGGCAUUCCCACUUUGGCCAUGGCCUCUCUCUACGUCGGUGACCUCCACCCCGAUGUCACCGAGGCGAUGCUUUACGACAAGUUCCAAGCGGCUGGACCUGUCCUUUCCAUCCGCGUCUGCCGAGACAUGGUCACUCGACGAUCCCUCGGAUACGCAUACGUCAAUUUCCAGCAGCCAGCUGAUGCUGAGCGCGCUCUUGACACCAUGAACUUUGACGUCAUCAAAGUCGGAGGUCGAGAAAUCGGAAAACCAAUCCGAAUCAUGUGGAGCCAGCGUGAUCCCUCCCUCCGACGAUCGGGCCAGGGCAACGUCUUCAUCAAGAACCUUGACCGAAGCAUCGACAACAAGGCUCUCUAUGACACCUUCUCUUCCUUUGGAAACAUUCUUUCUUGCAAAGUUGUCUGCGAUGCCAAUGGAUCCAAGGGCUUUGGUUUUGUCCACUUCGAAAGUGACGAGAGCGCCCAGCGAGCUAUUGAAAAGGUUAACGGCAUGUUGAUGGAAGACAAGAAGGUCUUUGUCGCUCGAUUCAAGAGCCGAAAUGACCGCAUGCGCGAGUUCGGCGAUGCUGCCAAGCACUUCACCAACUUGUUCAUCAAGAACAUGCCCGAGGAGUGGGACAACGAUGAGCUCCUCAAGAACUUCGAGACUUUCGGCGAGGUCAUCAGCCACAAGGUGAUCGUUGACGAGGCGACCGGCAAGAGCAAGUGCCACGGUUUCGUUUCCUUCAAGGAGCACGACCAGGCCGAGGCUGCUGUCGAGAUGAUGCACGAUAAGGAAAUCAAUGGAAAGAAAUUGUACUGCGGACGAGCACAAAAGAAGGCAGAACGAUCCAGCGAAUUGAAGGCUAAAUACGAAAAAAUUAAACAAGAACGAAUUCAGAGAUACCAGGGAGUCAACCUCUACGUCAAGAACUUGGACGACUCGAUUGAUGAUGAAGGUCUCCGAGAGGCAUUCAAGCAGUUUGGAACCAUCACUUCGGCCAAGGUUAUCACAGAUGAAAACGAAAAGGCCGAGAUUGGUACCUCCAAGACCGAAGCUCCCGCUGAAGGCGAAAAGACCGAAGGUGCCGCUGAAGAUGCCGAAGCCGCCGGCGACGCUCCUGCCCCCGAGAAACCAGCUGCCAAGAAGGGUCGAUCCAAGGGAUUCGGCUUCGUUUGCUUCUCUUCCCCGGAAGAAGCCACCAAGGCUGUGACUGAGAUGAACGGACGAAUUUUCGGUGGCAAGCCACUGUACGUUGGACUUGCGCAGCGAAAGGAGGAUAGAAAAGCCCACUUGCAGCAACAGUACAUGCAGCGUGUCUCUACUGGAAUCCGCAUGCAGGCUUUCAUGGGCAACCAGGUUGUCAACCAGAACUUCCAGCCCCCACGAUACAUCCUCCCCACCAUGCAGGGCCAGCCCGUCCAGAUGUUCCCCAGGGAACUCCCAUGGUCCGAGCUACCCCAAGAUGGGCCCCACCAAACCAGCGAGUCCAGAUGCCAGGCAUGGUCCGAGGACGAGUUGCUCAGCAGGGUGGUCCUCAGUUCCGACUCACUCCAAGUGUUCGAAACGUGCAGAUCCCCAACGAGGUGA